UAUCUAUGAAACUUACUAAAAAAAAAAAAUUUCAUUAAAAAAAAUUAUUAUUUUUUUUUUUUGUAUUAUUUAAUCAUGAGUGUAAUUUUUCGAAACAAUACUUCAUCAAUCAUAUUUAUAGUUCUCGUCAUAAUAUUGAUUUCAUGUCCGCCUAUUCAAACUAAAGAUGAUCCUUUUCGGAAUGCUAAGGCUAUAGGCGCUUAUGAUGAUGGAACAAUUUUAGUUGAAGUAAAAGAUAGUCUUCGUUUAAUUUAUCCGAAUGGAACCCCGCACUCUAUUCCCAAAAUUCACUGUAAAAAAAAAUGUCAUUAUCAUCUAUUAAAUCCAAAUUAUGUAAUUAUAACUUACGAUAAUAAUGUAGGUAUGAUGAUAGAUUGGAAGGGGAGCAAAAUUUUAAAAAGGUUCAAAUAUGAUAAAUUAAGUAUUGGUGAGAAAAAUGAUAAAUUUCUUAUUAUGAGACAUAAUGAAUUUACUGAAUAUCAUAUCGAACAUGGAAAAAUAGUAAAAAUAACAAAUAGUUUACAUUUCGAUAAGAGCCAUAAAGAACAUAAAGAACAUAAAAUUACUGAAAUCUUUUCAUUGGAUGAUGCAUGGGGAAUUACUAUAUCUUCGGAAAAAAAGAAAUCUUUUUUUUCAAUCAUUAAAACUGAAUCCAAAAGUAAAACUCUGACGACCGAAGAAUUGGAAGAUUUUGCCGGUCCCUCUAAAUGUAUUACUAAAAAUAAAAAUAAUGAUAUUCAGUAUUAUUGCUUAUAUAGAACACAUACUCAUAGAUUAAAACUGGUUAAUAUAAAAAAUUUAUCUUUGAAUGAUAAUACGUUUGAUUUAACAUCAACUGAUUUAUUCCAAUCUGAUAUUAGUUUUGAAACUAAAACUUUUAUUCAUAUUAUGCCAAAUGUUGGCUUCUUAGUAGAAGCUACAGCAAAAUUAAACCCAAAGUAUUAUAUAUUUAAUAUUUUUGAAAUCGAUUAUUUUGAUCCAAAUAAUGCUUUUGGAGAAUGGAUAAUAAAUAAUAAUGAUAAUGAUUUUAUUGACGAUAACAUUUUUAUCCUUCCAAAUAACAAAGCUAUUCAAAUAAGAAAGAAUGGCAAGUACGUAAAUGAUUUAUCCUCAAAAAUACCUGAAAAUAAUCAAUACAAAAAUACUCAUAUUAAGAGUGUACCAAAUAAUGUUGAUAUUGGUACAACCACAUUAAAAAUAACAUUCCUCAACGCUAUUACUUCAACAACAACAACUGCUGCUAAUAUUUCAAUCUAUUAUAAAAACAAAAACAGUAACGAAAUUAUUUUACGUCAAAAGCUUUUAUGUAAGAAACAUUGUACAAUAAGUGACGACGAUUAUUCGCUUACAAUUGAUAUACCAAAAAUUACUUUCAAUAUGCCUAAUACAACUUAUUAUGUUGAAAUCGAUGAUGAUUUUGUCAAAUAUAAAUAUGAUCUUAUAACAAUUCCAGGUAUAAAAAAGGAAAAUUGGAUUAUAAACACGCCAGAUUAUAAAUACUCAAACGAAGAUGAUAAGUUUAAACUUGGUAAUUUACGCUUAAAUUCCAUUGGUACUGAGGAAUUUGACAAAUUGUCAGAUGCAGAUAAAGAUUAUUUUUCUGAUCAAAUGAGAAUUGAACUUUCGAAAAAUAUUCCAGUUGAUUAUUCAAGAAUUAAGAUAAACGAUAAGAAAUAUGAAUUUGACAUGACUUUAGGUGUAAAUUUGUAUAAGUUUCUUAUUCAGAUUGAUCCUCCAAAUGAAUAUAGUGAUAAUAAAAAAAGUACAAAACAAGUUUUUGAAGAUUUAAAUUCUUUAAUUAUAACUAGUCAAAAUCUUACAACAAAUCUUGAUUAUAAUAAUUAUACAAAAAAUAUUGAUAAAGAUUAUGGACUUAAAGAAGCAAGUGACACAUUAGCGGAACUUAAAGCAAGUUUAAAUAACUUUAUUGCGGAUCGUCGGUAUUUAAUAAUAAUAAUAGUUUGCUUAAUUCUAAUAGCAAUGUUAUAUUUUUAUGGAAGAUACAAGAAUAAAAAGGUAUAGUUCAUUAUUUGAAUUAUUUUUUUUUGAUAAUCAAAAACUAAUAUAUUUGU